AUGAACAUUUUCUUUAUUUUUCCGACUUUUUUAGUUUUGAUUUCAAAAUUCUGUUAUUCCCUAGCUGCAUACACUUGUCCACAAUCAAUAGCAAUAAACCCGCCUGCAAAUAAUUCAAAUGCUUGGACUUAUCCAAAUAAUUGGAACGAAAGCCUUUCUGCUCCAGAUUAUGAAGCUGGCCAGAGUUGUUUAUGGACUAUCAAUGUUCCAAAUAAAAUGUUCGCAUUUUUGACGAUAAAAGCCAUCACAGAUUCCAUGUCGAGGCUAACUGUAACAGACAGUACGGAUUACGUUACCACACUAAAAAACACAACUACGGAACCAUUUUACCUCAUGAGUCCAUCAUUUACAAUUAAUCUUCAAGCCGGGAGAGUUGGAGUAUUAGGCAUGAAAGUUAUAUGGUAUAGGAUGAGCUCGGGCACGCCAACCUCACGGAACGUUCAUACAAACUCCAUGCCAUUGGCAUUGCUCUCUGGUGAUUUUGACAAUUCUACAGUAAUCCAAUCUGACACACAGGUUUCUUUACUCGUAACCUACCCUAAUUGGUAUUUUGAUAUUUCAACAUUUGAGAAAUACACAAGUUUUCGAUGGUCCAUCUAUUAAUUCAAAACACUUGGGAAAUCUGUACCAGCUGUUAGUUUCAAAUAAAAACCUGGUCUCUAGCGGUAAAUAUCUGACACUCUACAGUCUUCUUCCGGGAAUGGACCUUGGAAACUUUAUUAUUAUCCAAGAUUACGAAGAUGUGCGAAACUUUGAUUCCUAUCGAGCGAUUAUUUGUGUGAUGCCAGAUAGGUGUCCAGUCCUUCUCGAUGCAUCUAACGGAACUGUUGCUGCCAUUUUCUACACUAAUUUAUUUUUUAUAAAGGAGCUUACCAUGUCGACAUCAAAUCAACUAUCUGUCUAUAAUAAUUUUGCUACAGAUGUCAAUAAGCUUGCUGAUUACAGCUAUUCUAAUAUCAUGGGCAGGAUUCCUCAAAAAUUCAGUGGAAAAUUUACGACAUUUGUACUAGACAAAGACGUAGUCAUCAUGCAAUUUGUUUCUACUGCUUCAGCUGCUGGCUGGAGCUCUGCAGUCAAUGGCCGUCGAGGAUUCUUUGCUUCACCGAAUUUUGGAUUAAAUGCCACGAAUCAAAAUUUUGCUGAUCAAGUCUGUUCAUCAAAUAUGUUAAAAAUCAGUUACACAGUUGAAAAAGAUGGAAUCGUUGGACAAUCAGAAUUGACUCUUACUAUUACAUCGAAAAAUAAGGUUGUUUUGAAAAAUGUGUAAGAAAAACCUAAAACCCUAGAUAAGUUCGAGAUUUUUCUUUGAAAAUAUUUAAAAAAGUAAGAUUAUAUAAAGUCGUACCAAAAUUUUAUGGAUGAUUCUAAAAAAAUAAAGAUUUGAUUGAUUUCUUCAAACUUAAGGUACAACUCUUCAAACUUGCCAAGAGCUCCAGUUCAUGCUCUAGGAGACUCCAUCUCUGUAAAAUAUGAGUCAAAUGAUUGUAUCUCCACAGGACCAUUUGUAUCUUUUGGAUUUGAUAAAUCUUCAGUUACAAAGAGAAUAUUCAUCCCAAUCAUCUUGACAAUUUGGACAUUUUUAUAACA